AUGAUAGGAAUUGAUUUUUACUCGAUUUUUAACAAAAUUUUUAUUUUCUUAUGUCUUAAAGCAAGCUGUUUUGAAUUUUUUUAUUUGGGAAAUGAAUACAAGAACUCAUGGAAAGUUUUCAUAGUGUUGAAAUGCUUGUUUUGUUUUUCCAUCUAUUUAUUUUUGAUGAUGUCCUUAUUUUUAUUGUUGUGUUGCAUUUUGAGAGAUGGUCUACCUUCAUAUUUAAGCUCGGUUAGUAAAUCUGUGAAUGCUAUAAUACAUAUGCAGAUAGAAAAUGAUUCAGAUUCAGAUGAAUUUAAAAGUAUCAUAGAUGAUAAUACAAUUGUAGUUAAUAAUACAACAGAUACAUCUUAUAAAGAUGCUCGAUAUUUUUAUACUGAACAUAUAUUUUCUAGUUAUACUUCAUCUGGUAGUUAUAGAAGUAAUUUAAGUAUCAAGAAAUGUAGGGACUUUUCAUUAUUUGAAAACAAAGAAGAUAUUUAUAUUCUUCUAUAUUCCUUACAUAGAAUGCCUAAAAAGUGUGAUAUAAUGGGUAUAUGGUAUCAAGCAAUAUAUGUAGCAAAAAAUUCAUAUAAAAUGAAAGAGAACUUAAAGAAAUAUAUGUGGUGUUAUUUCGCUAAUUAUCCCAAAGCAAUAUUACCUUAUUAUAAGGAAUCUAUUAAGAUAAUUUUAAGAAAUUUUUCGGAUGAGGUUUCAUUUAGAAUGUAUCCUUAUUUAAUAAAAUAUAAUAAAAGGUUCAUAAAAUUAGUUGAAAUAAAACCUAAAUUGAAUAUUAUUGUGAAAUAUAUAUGGGCAUUCACAGAAUUUUUGGACCGUAUAAAAAGAGAUAUAUAUUUUAAAUACAAAAGGGGAUGUUUUAAAUUCGUUAUUGAUUAUAACGAAAACUUAGCAAAUAACAAUACUUUUUUAAAAUAUAUUGACAUUUCUAAAAAUUAA